AUGGAGGUGGAGGAGGAGGAAAGACGCUCUCCACACGAUCAUGGGGAUCCGUGUGUUCCCGAGAGCUUCUUUGAUCGCGUAACGCAAGGGUUACGCGGCGAUCUCGAACAUGAGCGGGACAGACGUCUCCAACUGGCCGACGCUGUCUCGAAGCAUCGAGCUGAGUUUGCCUUUGCUCAGCUUGAGAACGAGAGAGCUCUGACAUCUCUUCGUGACGAGCUAAGGGUAUCUCGUGGGAUUGUUGAUCGGUCUCGGGAUGAGAUAGCUGCUCUUCAGACCCUUGUCGAUGCCCACCAUCGGGAGCACAAGGCUCUCUGCGAGAUGCUUGAGCGCAAGGGCGUUCUUCAUCGGAAGAAGCAGCGUACUGAUGGUACGGCUUAA